AUGAGCUCAAACAUUUUGGUCACCGGCGCCGCUGCUUAUGUUUGUGGCUCCAAUGUCGCCGACUUUCUAUCCAGCAAUGAUCCAGUGCUCAAGGAAAGUCUCAAUGUUGUGAUCCACACUGCCAGCUCCCUGGACCUAAAUUUGGGGUUGAACCUUCUUGCUGGACUAGCUGAGCAGCAAAAGAGAAGCGGAAGUCAGGCUUACUUCAUACAUCCCUCAGGACUGAGUGCAUUCUGUCCAAAGACUGGAUGGCCAGAAGCUGUGAUGCAAGGUUCUGGUCCAAUCUUUGACACCGAGAAACAAUUCGCCGAUUCUUUCGCUAUUCGGAAUGUCGACGUUACUAUUUUUGAAACUGCCAAAUCGCUGGGAAUAACUAGUUUCAUAGUUGUACCUUCCACAGUUUGUAUUAUGGAAAAGAAACAAGAAAGUUGA